UGGAGAUUUAGAAUACCCGUUUAGUUUUGGAUUGAAUUUUAUUACACUCAUGAUGUUUGGAGUGUAGAUCUGAGUUUUAGGAGGCCGUUAGCGUGCUGACCAGCGGAGUUAAAGGUGGUUUCAACAAGAUUUCGAUAAGUUUUAAGUAGGGGUGAUAGCGCAAGGAAAAUGGCGACUACAGGUGAAUUUGUGGAGGCAGAUAAUGCAGAAGCCAUAAUCACCAGAAUUGAGCACAAGUCUCGAAAGAUCGAGAGCUUACUUAAACAGUCUAGACCAGUCGAAGCUCUUAAAACUGCGCUCGAAGGUUCCCCUCCAAACACCCGAGAUGAGCGUUGCAAGUCAGCAAAUUGGAUUGUGGUGCAUAGGGCUCUCAUGGCUAUAAAGGAUGUAGAUGGGAUGUUUUCUUCGUUGGAUCCAGAGUACUAUGAUAUUCUAAUGAAGUACUUGUACAGAGGGUUAUCAACUGGUGAUCGUCCUACAUGUGAUCAGUGUCUCAGGAUACAUGAAAAAUUAACAGAAAGGGCUGGCUUAGGCUGUAUUCUCCGCUCUCUUGCAGAUACUAUUAACACCGUUUGAUUUUUCUUUCUUUCUUUCUUUCUUCUUCUUCUUCUUCUUCUGAACAACGUUUGGCUAAUGUUGGAAAUAUUAUUAUUUUCUCAAAGAGCUGAAAUGUACUCCAUUCUAUCUAAUUGACACCUGUAAAUUGCUUUUCCGGUGGUGAUUUAUGUUAUGCAGUUGCAGAUUUAACAUUUAAA